AUUGUUUAAAAGUAGAUUAGAUUUGAUUUUAAAAUAAAUAAAUAAAUUAAACAUAAACAUAUUUCAUUUGGUACAAAAUUGAAAAUUCAUGUUUUAUGUUCAAAUAGAUAAAAAAAUUGAUGUGGUGUUGUCCUAAUUAAUUCAGGUAUUAGCAUAAGCAUCGGUGUACUUGUUCUUCUGGCGAUCAGCUAUGCCUCGUACAAGGUGAUCAACGAAGCAAUAGCCAGGAGACGCAGAAUGAGAUAUUUUAAAAGGAAUGGGGGCCAACUACUAGAACAACAAGAAAAAUCCGACCCAUCCUCAGUUGGCAAAACUAUGCUUUUCUCUUUACGUGAAUUAGAGAAAGCCACUGACUGCUUCAGUGAGAAGAGAAUUCUUGGUGUGGGAGGCCAAGGUACAGUUUACAAAGGGAUGCUACUUGAUGGAAGAACCGUAGCUGUUAAGAAAUCAGAAAGAGUUGUUGAAAGCCAACAAGAAAAAUUAAUCAAUAAUCAAUUUAUCAAUGAGGUGGUGAUUUUAUCCCAAAUCAUUCAUCCGAAUGUGGUCAAGCUAUUGGGAUGCUGCCUGGAGACCAAGGUUCCUUUACUUGUUUCGGAAUUCGUUUCAAACGGAACCUUAUACGACCGCAUUCACAAAGAAGCCAACGAAUUUCCACUUUCAUUGAAAAUGAGAAUACAAAUCGCUACUGAAGUUGCAAGAGCACUUGCGCACUUGCAUUCAGGAUCAGGAACGUCCAUCCCGAUAUACCACAGAGACGUUAAAACCAGCAAUAUACUUUUAGAUGAUAAUAACAUCGCCAAAAUAUCCGACUUUGGAACCUCAAGGAAUAUAUCACCGGAUAAGACUCAUUUGACUACUAUGGUCAUUGGUACCGUUGGCUACCUUGACCCUGAGUACUUGCAAACCGAGCACUUUAAUGAAAAGUGUGAUGUAUACAGCUUCGGAGUUGUUUUGGUUGAACUUUUAACCGGGGAAAAACCAAUAUUCCAAACUACAUCGGGUCAAAAAACGCAGUUGGCUGCGCACUUCAUUUCAGCUAUGGAAGAAGGAUGUGUGAUCUCGAUUUUUGAUAAAAUGGUCAUUAACGAGGGUACUACGGAUGAAUUAUUGGCACUAGCUAACCUUGCUAUGCGAUGCUUGUGUAUAAAGGGGAAAGAUAGGCCCACGAUGAUGGAAGUUGAACACGAAUUAGAAUCCAUAAGGACAUCACAUGUUCCAUCUAGGGUUGAAGCUAAUAUAGACCACGUGAUGGGCAAGGGCAAGCAGGUAUUAACGAUGCCAACUACUGCUGAAUCAUCAUCAACACCAUUCAAGAGUUUUAAUGAACCCAGUACUAGUCAAUGAUCGAUACCAAAAGAUUUAUCGUUAGUCAUUUAUAAUCCUUUAUUUUAUCGUAUCCUAUGAACACA